CGGAGGAGGUGACAGCGGAACAGUGAGUGGCUCUCGCUCCCCCUUUUGAGGUUUGGUGCACUUGUGGAGCCGGACCUUUGUUCCCGGCUCUAUGAUCCGGCGGAGUGAUGAGUGCGCCGCCCGGUUCCGGUGGGAGCGGAAGUGCCGGUGCGGGAGCGGAGGGAGAGACCCGGGCAGCAUCGGGACGCCGAGCGACACCCGCCCAGAAGGAAGGCCGGUCCCAGGCCCGACCCCCGCCCAGGGCCCAGCGGCGCAGUAUGAAGCUGCUGAAACCCGCUUGGGUCCAUCACAAUGGUAAGCCAAUAUUUUCUGUGGACAUCCAUCCCGAUGGAACAAAGUUUGCAACAGGUGGACAAGGCGAGGAUUCAGGGAAGGUUGUUAUUUGGAACAUGCCACCAGUUGUGCGGGAAGAGGACGAGAAAAAUGAGAAUAUCCCCAAAAUGCUUUGCCAAAUGGAUAACCACCUGGCCUGUGUCAACUGUGUGCGAUGGUCCAAUAACGGACUGUACCUGGCUUCGGGCGGAGAUGACAAGCUGAUCAUGCUUUGGAAGAGAGCUGCGUACAUCGGACCAAGCAGUGUUUUUGGCUCCAGUAGUAAACUGGCCAAUGUGGAGCAAUGGAGAUGUGUUUCCAUACUUAGAAGUCAUACGGGGGAUGUGAUGGACUUGUCCUGGUCACCCCACGAUGCCUGGCUCUCCUCCUGCAGCAUUGAUAACACCAUUGUUAUUUGGAAUGCUCUAAAGUUCCCAGAAAUUAUUGCAACACUAAGAGGACAUUCAGGACUGGUGAAGGGGCUCACCUGGGAUCCUGUUGGAAAGUAUAUCGCAUCCCAGGCUGAUGACCGGAGCUUGAAAGUAUGGAGGACCUUGGAUUGGCAGCUAGAGACCAACAUCACCAAACCUUUUGACGAAUGUGCUGGAACAACACAUGUGCUGCGGUUAAGCUGGUCCCCAGAUGGCCAUUACCUCGUGUCUGCUCACGCCAUGAACAAUUCAGGCCCCACGGCACAAAUAAUUGAGCGCGAUGGUUGGAAAACAAAUAUGGAUUUUGUUGGACAUCGGAAAGCUGUGACUGUGGUGAAAUUUAACCCCAAGAUCUUCAAGAAAAAGCCGCGGAAUGGAAGCUCCAACAAGCCAAGCUGCCCGUAUUGCUGCUGUGCAGUGGGUAGCAAGGACCGGUCACUCUCAGUGUGGCUAACAUGCUUGAAGCGACCCCUGGUGGUGAUUCAUGAAUUAUUUGACAAGUCAAUUAUGGAUAUUUCCUGGACGCUGACUGGACUGGGGAUGUUGGUGUGCUCCAUGGAUGGCACAGUGGCGUUUCUGGACUUCUCACAGGAAGAGCUUGGUGAUCCACUCACUGAGGAAGAAAAGAACAUGAUUCACCAGAAGACCUACGGCAAGAGUUUGGCCAUUACAACAGAGCAGCAGCUUUCCACCACCAUUAUUGAGAACCCAGAGAUGCUGAAGUACCAACAGCAGCAGAAAGAGCUGCUGGAACAAAAGAAUGCCUUGGCUUCCAGGCAGAUGGCAGCCCCCAAAAUGACAAACAUGGUCAAUGGCGAGAGUUUUGAGGACAUUCGGAAGAAUUUGCUGAAGAAACAGAUUGAGACCAGGACAGCUGAUGGACGGAGAAGAAUUACUCCCUUUUGCAUCGCUCAGUUAGACACAGGGGAUUUUUCGACCGCUUUUUUUAAUAGCGUACCUAUCACGGGCGCACUUCCGGGCUCAGGGCUACCCUCACAGAUCAGCCAGUCGCAGACCACCUCAGACUCCAACGCUGCCAAAUCCGUCUCUGCCAAACUAACUCAGGACCCUGCACCAGCCACCACAAAGCCAACCGAGGACACACCCAACAAAGACGGGUCUGCAGCCAUCAGUGUAUCCAGUGCUGUCCCCACAAACACUCCAUUGUUAACUUCCCCUUCAAGGAUUGAACCAAUGAAAGCACUUGACUCAAGGUUCACUGAAAGAUCCAAAUCAACUCCAGGAACCACUCCCAUCUCAGCUGCUGUCAGGCAGAGUGACUUGGACAGGAGUAAAGAGCAGGGACCCUCCAAAGACUUGAAGCUUAAAGAGGUUCAGGAGAGUAGCAGCGACAGCGAAGAGAAGAUCCCAGCUUCCAAAAUCUCAGCAUUGUCCAAACGGAAGAGUGAAACCGAAGGGGAGGUUGUAGAAAAAAAGAAGAAAGGCCGACCGAGGAAGGAAUCCAAGCAAACACUCACAGCCAUUGCAACUCAGGCGGUUCCAACAACAGAGAAGGAGACUCUGCGAGUCUCGGCGCCCCCGAUCGUCUUCAAACUCCCAACACCAACGCCAAAGAAAGCAUUUAAUAUGCAGGUGAGCUCUGAUCCAGCUAUGUACAUAGAAGUGGAGAAUGAGCUCUCUGCAGUCGCUGGGUGCAAACUGAGCCGGUUAAAGUGCAUGAGGGAAGGAAAAGAAUGGGACACACUACUAACCAGUCGAAUCCUCACUGCUGCAGGGAGCUGUGACCUUGUGAGCGUUGCUUGCGAGGAGCGGACACUAUCAGUAUUCUCAGCCAGUGGCCGACGGCUGCUACCCGCUAUCCUCCUCGGAUCACCCAUCUCCACAUUGCACUGUGCAAGUCACUUUGUGAUGGCUCUCAUGGCUACUGCAACACUCUCUGUCUGGGAUGCAAAAAAGUUGACCGUGCUAGUCAAGGACGAGUCACUAAUCACUAUAUUAUCAGGUAACGACAUCACUAUCACUCAGUCGCUGCUCACACACCAUGGUGUUCCAGUCGUCACCUUGUCCAAUGGGAAGUCGUACUGCUUCAACACCUCACUCUGCACAUGGAAUCUGAUCUCGGAUAAGCAGGACUCACUGGUUCAAUGUGCAGAUUACCGGAGCUGCUUAACAUCUCAGGAGGCCAUGUUGUGUUCAGGGCCACUGGCUACAGUACAGGGCUGUGGGAUAAAUGCUGGCCGCCAGGCUGCCAGGCUCUCCUCAAUGCCCCACGCCUUUCAGCAGGGAACAACACUGGCAUAUCUGGAGAAUCAGGUCGCAGCUGCAAUGACGCUAAAAUCCAGCCAGGAAUACAGGCACUGGCUUCUCAUCUACACACGCUACCUGGUAAAUGAAGGAUUUGAGGCUCGCCUAAGGGAACUGUGUAAGGAUUUGUUGGGUCCUGUUCACAAUUCAUUCAGCAGCCAGUGGGAAUCGACUGUGCUGGGCCUGCGGAAAAGAGAGCUGCUAAAGGAGAUGCUUCCAGUCAUCGGACAGAAUCUCAGAUUCCAGAGACUCUUCACAGAAUACCAGGACCAGCUGGAUCUACUAAGGGACAAGUAGCACUACACAGCAUUUCAAAUGGGAUCAAUUCUCAACCCUCUGGGAGAUCUGCUCUGUCCAGCCGGUGGCCCAACUCAGGAAAGAAGAACAUUGAGGAUUUGGGUUUAACCCGGGAGAAGAGCCUGUGUUCUGUUACACAAAGCCGGAUCACUCCAGUGGCAGAUGUGCUCAGGAAACGGCGGUGCUGGUGCGCUAGCCUGAACAUAUCAUUUCACAAUAACAGUACCGAAGCGCACUGAAUAUCCGAGAAAUGGUCUGCAACUGCACUGGGAAGCGUUGGUGACUCGGAGGCAGGUGACAGCUCUCUACCCAGCAACUCGUUGCAAUUGACCAAGAUGGCAUCUGCAUCCAACAUGUAACGGACACUGGCCCUCUUAUUGCCAGAUAGAAUGACUUGUGGUCGUAGCCCACUAUAAGCUACUAUGCUAGUACUGUGAGACACAGCAGCUUCUCAGCUGCCCUGUCCUUUAGCAGAGGAUGAUUCAGAUCUGUGGACUGAAACUCUCCGUCUUUUCAGUUGGAAGAUGAGCUGCCGAGUUCAGACUUUUGUAUAAUGUAGUUUUCUCUUUGGCUGAUGUACUAAAUUACAAAUCCGUUACUGUCUGUCCUUGUUAAAAGUACAAAAUGAAAAAGAAAAGUUCUAACGAGAGUAACCAUGGACCUGGUGGAGAUGUACAGAAUGCAAUCUGCCCUUUGGUACCUUUUAACUGUUUAUACAGGCACAUUUGUUUUUUUUAUAAAAUAAAGAUAGAAUAUUGCAGUUCUAUUUUUGCCCCUUGGAGUUGAAACCUGCUCAUUUUGCUCACCGCUGUUAUGGGCAUCCAUGCCAGACCUGAGAG